AUGGGCCGAGAUACCACGGCACAGUACUUAACUGACAGCCAACAGGCCGUGCCCAUUGACGUUUCUUUUGGAAGGUACAUUACAGCUUCGUGCUGCGUACUACAGGCAGAUGGUAAGCAAAAACCCGCGUUUUCUGGGGCGUCACUUUCCACAUACACCACAGACGCGUUUCUGAGUUUCGUUCAGAUGGUUCGUGGCGGAUUUUAUCUGGCAGUCCGGCCGACGCGAACGCGGACGUCCGCCAGGUGCUCCACGACGUGGUUGGAGGAGGACGGUGACUUGCGCGUGAGCUGGUUUUAUAGUGUGGCAAACUUACACAGCAUCUGCCGCGACCUCCCUGCUUCGAUGGCAGGGCAACUGGAGGCAGGCUCCGGAGCAACGACUGACAAGUUUAGACAGCCUGUCUACGCGUGCCAGGCUUACAAGGCGGCGUUUCGUAUCUCGUCCAAGUACAAGUAUAAUUGAGACCGCACUUCGAAGGAGCCUCAAAGGACGGUCGCGCAAAACAACUGAACAAUCAGCCGUCUCAGCAGUUCAAGUACUUGUAAGUGAUAAACCCAUUAGUUGGGCACAGUGAGUAGGCCAUCCAGGAAGACAAAAGUGGCAAGGAGCCGAGUGGAGGUUGUUCGGUUGUGGAAGUUGAUAGAAGCUAGGUAUAAGCCGUCUUCAAGCGAUUUACUGAGACCACGUCGGUGCGGCCUCCACGGUCAAUUGUAAAAUGCUUGUCCGUGCGAGAUAGUACUCGAAAUUGGCCGUCAUAGGGCUGUUGUAGUUGCCGACGAACGCUAUCUACGCGGAUAAAUAUAAAAGAACAUGUUACUAGGUUCGGGUCGAUGUACGGCUUACUUGUUGGAGCACGUAGAGGAGUGCCUCGAAGAUGAUGGCGCACUCUUUGCACAUAAUCGCUGGGAUCCAAGUCGGCUGAGCUUUGAGAGUACCCGAAAAAAUCACCGGGAAUCCGUAGGGUGGUACCGUAGACAGGUUCGGCAGCGGAUGAAUUCACUCGGUACAUUGCCACUUGCUAUUCCCCGGACUCCACUUACGCCCAAUAACCCUGCAUCUUCCCUUAUCCCACAGACUCCUCCCCUUACGCGCAGCGGUCGUCAUGUCCGUUUUCCCGACCGUUACCAACUUGUACAAUAUGCAUAACACUCCCACCUUUUCCUUCCAUUAACAAUAAUUGUUCUUGGACUCAGUUCUUCUAGGAGGGGAAGUAUUGUAGUGAUAAACCUAUUAGUUGGGCACAGCGAGUAGGCCAUCCAGGAAACGAAGAUAGCAGUAUUCCAACAGUUACAAACUAAUAAAUAAGAAAAAUGUCGUCAGCAGGUAAAAAUGCACGUGCUUGUUCAAUGUCUCAUUCAAAGUUGUGUCAAGUUCAAAACAGACUUAAAUGUCACUACAGACUCUAGAACCGAACCACAAAAUAAAGUCAAACUGACAUUUCAUGCCCUGUAUUUAGGCCAAAUAUCUGGCCGGACCCCAGAGUGAUUGUACGUUGAUCUGAUAGGAGCAGGCAGAAUACGGGCUGGUAUCUGAACUAGACUCGCGUUGAGAUCACAGGGACUUCCUGCCUGCUAAUGCCGGCUGAUGAUGAAAAUUAACCCUGAAGCACCACCCUAUAUUCUGUGGGCAAACGUUUUCCACCGAAACCAGUUCGGAGUCUUAUCCUGGAACAUAAGGCUAGGCGUGGUCGUUGGCUAUGAACGAACACUGCCUUAUGACCGAUCUCUGGAGUGAUGGUCUGUCUCGCGGAGACACUCUAAGGGCCCUUCUUGGUGGCUCUUCUUGGAUCAAAACUUUCUGAAGGAAGGACAGUCACUGUGUGAGCCCGACUUCUGUCUUCGCUUCACGCCCGCCUACUCCGGUAGUCGGUGUAAUUUUGCCUUCGUUUCAAUCGCCCUGGCCAAGUACACUCUGCAUACCCCUCUGCCCCUCAAAAUCCGCAACUCCUAAAACCCCUCCUGGCAUUCUAUCUCCUCAUUAACGGAUUAAACGGCUUCUGCAAUCCCCUGCGGCAGUACCAAGGAGUGUGUCCAUGUGGGUUUAAUGGGAAUACGUAAUCCUACUAAUUAACCUAAUUAUGCGGCUUCAAGGAGUAAUAAUGUUGAGUAGUUGAUAAUCCGCAUUAGCUAGUCGGUUUUCUGUGAAAACGGAAAAUUAGUUUUUAUGUUGGGCAAAGUUGCCAUGCUAAGCCGCUAAUAAUUUUCACUACUUACGUUGUCUUGGCGUACUCACUUCGGUAAUCCGAUAGUGAUGGGAAGAACUGUCGGAUUAAGAUGUCGCCCUUCACCUGUUUUCCUUGCAACAAGGUAGACUUACGGUAUUGCCCACUGCCCUUAAUCAGCAGUUUAUAAAUGCUGACUUGUCCUUUGCCGGUUUUCCGCUGGCUCAUGACGCAGCUGUGAGGGGCCCGGCUCAUCAGUGCGUCCCUCAACAUUCUAGUGCUUUUUGAUACAAGCUUUAGUUGUCAAUGUUUGACUUUCAGUUUCUAAAAAAAUUACUAUACAAGCCUGGAGUGAAUUCCUCACCAUAAGACAUUCUCAGGUUUGAUUCGAAAGCUCAUAUGAAGCUUUGUUUUGAAGUUUACCAGCUACAACGAAAUAAAGGCAUCAUGUUCACAUUCUGCCAAUAGGCAGGCAGUAGUAUAUAGGCGCUGAUUGAUUUGUAAUAGCUGCAGCUGUCAAGACUUCGGCUGGACAACGAGUGCCCAAGACUGUCCCUCGUACCAUUCCCAAAGGAGCAACUGUUUGCGGAGAUAAAUCUUGUGCAGCGUAAGCCUCUAGGCUUAGUUGCGAACACGAUUGCAUUUUAUGAGCCCAGAGCCGAGCAACAACUCGUUUGGUUUAAAAUAUUUCGAAGUUGUAGUCCGGAUCUGAUUCUCGGCAUUACAUCGAGCGGAAAAUGAUAUUCUUGCCCGACCCGCGAGGGAUCUCCAUUAUCUUUGCAUAACUUGACACCUAUGCAAAGCAAAUACUCCAGUCUUUUCUCACCUGACGUGUGGGCUCCAUUUACAUCUACUCCAAUCUCGUUAUUCGGUAACCCAAUGUUUUUGUGACCAAGUGAGUCCGUUUUCAAGUUGGUGCUGCAACAGAAGGGAUGCUUGAUCUCCCGUGUCACUAUGAAGCUGUUGUCGAUCGCUCUUUUUCGCAUUGCGCGAAUCCCUCUGUGUAAAUAAUGACUCAGCAAUCAGCUUUACUAUAAUACUGCGAGGUAGCUGCUUGUGUGCAGUAAGUCAUCUGCAGCCUAAGCACCUAGGUGCGUUUACGAACACAGUCGCCUCCCUUGAGCACAGAACUGGGUGACAACUCGUUUCAGAAACUCUGCUGACUUUCUCGCCCUCAGCAAUUAUCCAAGUGUGACGCGGCCUUGAAGCGGCAGCCCGUUUGCCACAUUAUGAAGCCUCCGGCGGACAAGGUCACUGGUUGUCUUAACAAGCUCGCCGCCGGCUUGAAAACAAUUCAAUCAACUCCUUGUCUGGAAACUGUCCGCCGAAAUCUUGGCUAAGGUAAGCUGGCGUAUAUUUCUCAUUCAUACUUCCUCCAGACUUAUUCCUAAGAGGAAAUGAAAUUAGGGAAUGACAGAGACUUCUUUCCCUUUACUCCUAGAAGGUCCAUUAGAUAAAAAUCCAUCUUACCUAGAUUUAUGAUCAAACUGCGAACAAUUCGCCGCAUCGCUGAUUCCGCGCUGCCCCCCUUAGGCUUUCUGACAGCCCUAGUUAGUAAAUGGAGGUUAACAUGGUUGUCUUUGUUAUAGGUAUUUUAUAGACCGAGUCACAGGAGAUUCAGAAGACAGACUGGUGAGCGCCUGUGGGUUUUCAAUAAUUUCUCAUCAGAUUAAUAAAGCUUCCUUCGUGCGGGCAUCAGGGAUGAUGAUUAUUCGCCGGACGAUUCGGUGGGGAACAGUAAGUUGUCGCUGGUCUCACACGAAUUUCUGGCGCGUCGACAGCGGACCAUGGAAGCUCCAAGGUUUACUGACUUCGUCUUUUUAACUUGUCUACAGUCAGCUUCGUUUGCUGA